CUUUCAUUUUUAGCUCUCCUACCUACAUCGAUAAUCUUUUCCUAUAAAUUCGAUAUCGUACUAAUUUUAGUAGCUAAACAUCUCACCAACAAAGCGAAAAAAAAUUGUGUGUAAUAAUGGAUAGCCAUUGUCACCUCAGUAUUGCUCACUAUUUGCUUCUUUUGCUUUUGGUCUCUUCCUGCAUGCAGAGUACUACUAAACUCUGUUUCUGUUUGGCUGGUGAUGAAAUUUCAAGCAGUGUGAAGACAGAUUCAUGCAUUGACGAAGAAAGACAAGCGCUUCUCAUCUUUAAACAGCAUCUUGUUGAUCAUUCUGGUCGGCUUUCGUCUUGGGUGGGUCAUGAUUGCUGUCGAUGGGAAGGUAUUUCAUGCAACAACAGCACUGGUCAGGUCGUGAAGAUGGACCUCCGGAAUCCAUAUGACUUUUCUGACGAUGAUGAGUAUGAAGAGUGGAGAAAUGCUUCUUUGGGAGGUAAGAUAAAUGCUUCUCUGUUGAGCUUGAAACAUUUAAAUUACCUGGACUUGAGCCUGAAUUCGUUUGAUAGCAAUCAAAUUCCUAAGUUCAUUGGGGAGCUUAAACGUUUGCAAUAUCUCAAUCUCUCUUCUGCGUCAUUUAGAGGAGAGAUUCCCUCUUCUCUUGGUAACCUGUCAAGCCUAAAUUUUCUUGAUCUCGGGGGGAAGGAUAUUAAUCUGAAUUUGAAUUGGCAUUCUCACCUCACUUCCAAAAAUUUGAAUUGGCUUUCUCACCUCUCUUCCCUGAAAUACAUUAAUCUGGAAGGCAUUGAUCUUAGCAGCACAGGAGUCAGUUGGGCAUAUGAUAUUAACAUGCUUCCUUCAUUGUUAGAGUUACAUUUAUCUUCGUGCCAAAUUGAAAGCAUUCCACUAUCACUGCAGAGCAUUAACUUCCUUCCACUUUCACUACAGAGGAUUAACUUCACAUCACUGUUGGUCCUUGAUAUGUCGUCUAAUGGCAUUAAAAGUUCUUCAUUUCCCGGCUGGUUUUUUAAUCUUACCAACCUCGUAACACUUGAUCUAUCCGGGAAUGAUUUCAGCAAAUCUUUUCCAAGUGGAUUUUCAAACUUCAAAUCUCUGCAAAACCUUGAUUUAUUUGAUACAGGCUUAAAAGGUCAAAUUCCUAAACUCAGUGGAAAUUUGUGCAAGCUAAAAGUCUUAAGGCUUUCAGGGAACAACUUUGAUGGGGGGAUUGAAGAGUUUUGGAGGAGUCUCUCAAAUUGUCCAAGUAAUACAUUAGAGUCACUAGAUUUGUCUAAUUGCCAGAUUGAAAGCCAAUUGCCGGUCUUUUUAGGAAUGUUUAAAAGUUUGCAGAAUCUCAACCUUGGAGCAAACAAUUUGUGGGGCUCAAUUCCAGAUUCCAUCGGAAACUUGUCGUCCUUGAGAAUACUAUACCUCUUUUCUAAUAAUUUGUUGGGCUCAAUUCCAGAUUCCAUCGGAAACUUGUCGUCCUUAAGAACACUAGACCUCAGUGAUAAUAAGAUGAACGGCUCAAUUCCAAAAAGUAUUGGACAACUCUGUGAGCUAGUUUCCCUAAAUCUAUUUGAUAAUUCAUGGGAAGGCAUUCUAACGGAAGCCCAUUUCAUAAAUCUUACCAGAUUACAAGAUUUUGCAGUAGGAAAUAUAGACCGACCCAUGUCCCUCGUUUUCGACGGGGCUUAUGACAAGGUUCCUCCUUUCAAGCUCCACAUAAUUGGGAUCGGAAAUUGUGGGAUAAGUCCUGGUUUUUGGGUAUGGCUUCAAACUCAAACUGAACUAUCUUAUGUCAUCCUUCGUGGUAAUGGAAUCUCGGAUUCCAUACCAGAGGAAUGGUUGUUGAAGAUAUCGUCCCAACCUACCCAUCUAGACUUGUCUUACAACCACUUUCAUGGAAACUUUCCAUCCCAUUUGAAAUGUCCAAAUUUAAGGUAUCUUGAUUUGAGUCAUAAUCAGUUGAAGGGUCCAUUACCACUUUGGUGUUUCCCUAAUGUCGAUUUCCUUUAUCUAGAAGGCAAUUUAUUUUCUGGGCCAAUCCCCUCAAAUAUUGACCAAAUGAUGCCCAAGUUGAAAGAAUUGUUACUGGAUGAGAAUCAUUUGAAUGGCAUUAUUCCUCCCUCUAUUUGUAAGAUGCAAAAGUUAGAAAUCCUGUCUCUAAGGAGCAAUCAGUUUUCUGGAGAACUCCCUCAUGCAUGGAAUAUGGAGAGCAUUAUGGUGUUUUUACAUGUUGGUCAAAACAAUCUGUCUGGUAAGAUUCCCACUUCAUUGGGGGUACUACGUUCCUUGGAAAUUUUAAAGCUCAACGACAACAAUUUUGGCGGUGAAAUUCCUGAUGCCUUGCAAAAUUGUUCAAGUUUGAGGAGUAUUGAUCUUGGAGACAACAAGUUAUUUGGGAAAAUACCUCUGUGGAUAGGAGGGUCAAACGUAUCUAAGUUGUCUAGGCUACGAUUACAGUCCAACUAUUUUAGUGGAUGUAUUUCCCAGCAACUGUGCAAUCUUCAAGGCCUUCACAUCCUCGACCUUAGUCACAACAGCCUUUCAGGUACUAUUCCCAUGUGUUUGGAUAACUUAACUUCGCUAGUCAAUGGUACUUCUGUUGAAACGGGUUAUGAUGUGUUUGAGCAAGCCACACUGACACUAAAAGGAGAAGAACUUGUGUACAACAAAACUCUGUAUCUUGUAAAGAGCAUUGAUCUUUCAUCAAAUAAUUUACAAGGUGAAAUCCCUGAAGAAAUAAGUAGCCUCAUUAUGUUGGGCACCUUGAAUUUGUCUAUGAAUCAAUUAAUUGGAAAGAUCCCUUCCAAGGUCGGAAACUUGCAUUGGCUCGAAACUCUUGAUCUCUCACACAACCACCUUUCGGGACAAAUUCCUCAAAGCUUGUCAUCUUUAACCUCUUUGUCCCACCUAGACUUGUCUUACAACAACUUGUCUGGAAGAAUUUCUACUGGAAACCAGCUUCAAACGCUCAAUUUUUCGUCCAUUUAUGUGGGCAAUCAAUGGUUAUGUGGCGUUCCUCUCUCAACUAAGUGCCCUGAAGAUGACCCUUUUAUUGCUAAGGAUGCAAAGGAGGAGAAUGAAGAUGGAAAGGAUAAGUUGUGGCUCUAUGUCAGCGUGAUACUUGGCUUUAUCGUAGGCUUUUGGGGCGUUUGCGGCACAUUGAUCUUAAAGACAUCGUGGAGGUAUGCCUAUUUUCAAUUCUUCGAUGACAUCAAAGAUAAGGUAGCACUAGCAAUUGCAUUAAAAGUAGCUCGUUUCAAAAUGUUUUUAUUCUGAAGUUUGAUUGCCCUAAUAUAUAUUGUGAUGUUUUUCCCCUUCUACUCUGUGUUUUGGUACUUGUAACAUAUGUAUUAAAUAAAAGAAUCCUUCAGUAAGUGUUCCCACAAACAAUUAUGUAACGGUUAUCCAUUUAAUACAAGAAUUCUAUCUAGUUUGUACUUAUCAAUCGCAUAAUACAAUCUACCUAUGUAAUGUUGCAAUUUAACAAAAUAACAUUACGAACUAGAUAAGCACACGUGUGUAUUUUUCUCUUUUACACUCGAAUGUCGUCCAACUCGGCGAGUGGUAGUCCACCUCUACCGCCUUCUCGAUGCUGCCAAAACCAUACAAAAAUGGGAGGGAGACAAGGAGGAAGAAUUGGUGGUUCGAUAUCGUCGAGGGUUUUCUGGGAUUCCUGUUCCUUGCAGAGGGAGAGGUGGGAGAAUUUGAUGGCGUCUUCCGGGUUCCUGUCCCUUGCCGAGAGAGAGAUGGAGAGGUAUUUUGGCGUCUGUUGCAGAGAGAGAUUAGGGGGUGGGUCUAGGGUUUGCACAGAGGGUGGGUGGGCGAUUCAAUUGAGGGGCUAGGGCUAGAGGGAUGGGGGCUCCAUCUCUAUUCUCGCUUGCUGAAACUUUCCGCUCUUCAGGAAGCUGCAAAAGAGACUAAGAACGAGAAGCAGCCGGAAGUGAAAGAAGACCCGAAAUUCCAGCCUUUUAUCAACUUUUAGUCAGGAACCGCUUGUUAAGAAAAUGGGUCCAAAUUCAGAGCUGCAUUCUUCUUCCCCCAAAAUAAGAAGAAAACGCUUCCUCAACUCCAUAUUUUGGCACCUCAGGAGCUUGAAGGGCUCUCAGAUCCGAUGAGGAAGGAUGUUUCACAAGUUCGUAAGAAGAUCAAUGCGAUUAACAAAGAGUUUAAGUCACUAGGACAUACCUGCCAGAAGAAGGAAAAGGAAUACAGAGAUGCACUUGAGGCUUUCAAUGAAAAGAACAGAGAAAAAGUGCAGCUUAUCACAAAGCUAAUGGAGGUUAGUUUGUUAAACAAAUUUUUACUUGGCAUAGCGGGGUUGCAAUUUCAUGGAUGGGUUGAACUCAAACCAGUCUGGCCAGUUCGGAGUUAGAGUGAGCACGGUUGAGCCUGGUGUGACAAAUUACCAAUCCUACAAAAUUUGGGCUCGUUUCAAAAGGUUUUUAUUUUGAAGUUUGAUUGUGCUAAUAUAUAAUGUGAUGUUUUUCUCUUUUUACUUUGUGUUUUGGUACUUGCAACUUAUGUAUUAAGUAAAAGAAUCUUUCAGUAAGUGAUCCCACAAACAAUUAUGUAACGGUUAUCCAUUUAAUACAAGAAUUCUAUCUAGUUUGUACUUAUCAAUCGCAUAAUACAAUCUACCUAUGUAAUGUUGCAAUUUAACAAAAUAACAUUACGAACUAGAUAAGCACACUUGUGUAUUCUUCUCUUUUACACUUGAAUGUCGUCCAACUCGGCGAGUGGUAGUCCACCUCUACCGCCUUCUCGAUGCUGCCAAAACCAUACAAAAAUGGGAGGGAGACAAGGAGGAAGAAUUGGUGGUUCGAUAUCGUCGAGGGUUUUCUGGGAUUCCUGUUCCUUGCAGAGAGAGAGAGGUGGAAGAAGAAAGAGAAGAAGUUGAACCCUUGAAUUGGGAAAAGGAACGCACUUCUAGAGGCGAUUGAAUUGGUUUUGAAGAUUUGAGGUUUUUUGGCGUCUGUUGCAGAGGGAGAUUAGGGGGUUUGCACAGAGGGUGGGUGGGCGAUUCAAGUGAGGGGCUACAAGGAUGGGGGCUCCAUCUCUAUUCUCGCUUGCUGAAACUUUCCGCUCUUCAGAAAGCAUAUGAGAACGUGGCACACUAGUGUUCGAUGACAUGUGUCUGAGAAUCUGUCAAUAUGAUAUAUUAUAAUUCUGACUCUCCUCUUCAGCCCCGGCCCCAGGUGCGUGAAGGCGACGUGGACCUGGUCGACGGUGUCUUCAUUCACAGUUCCAGACGACAGUUCUGAACCUCUGGCGAUUCCGACUGAGAAAGAGGUCAAUAACAGCAAGGAGCUUGAAGGGCUCUCGGGUCCAAUGAGGAAGGAUUUUUCACAAGUUCGUAAGAAAGAUCGCUGCGAUUAACAAAGAGUUAGAGCCACUAGGACAUACCUGCCAGAAGAAGG